AGUUAGAGCCAUAAUUUUAUAAUUUUUAUAAGUUCAAUACUAAUAAACUUAAAAAGUUGAACCCAUAAAACUCAAAACCUGAAUCUACCUCCGAAAAUGAAGGCACUCACUCUUGCUCACAACACACCUUAAGGUGGAUGUUUGAGCGGAAUAAAACCACACAUAUUAAAGGGCAACCCAAUGCACUAAAGCUUUUGAUAUAUACAAAGGGUCCGCGGAAGGGCCCGACCACAAAAUGGAAGUGCACUAAAACCCACACAUAUUGAGAAAACAAAAUGGUUGUUACAAGUAAGAACAUAAAUAUGCUUAUCUAUUCCAACUGGAUUCUAACAUGGACAUUCUCCAGCAUCACUUUGCCCAUGCUUCCAACAUUUCCUACUUGAAAUAUAAUCUAAAUCAUUUCAUUUGGUGGAAAUGCAUGCAUACAAGAUGUUUGUUAAAAUGUCAAAGAGAUGUUACUCGUCAAGAAUUUCGUCAACUUUUCGCGAAAGCUCUUUUUUCGUGGAUCCAAUUAAGUUUGCUGAAAAACAAAAUGUGAGAGCAUGGACAUCACAGAUAUCCAGUUUGGUAAGGGAAAAGCAAUCUAUAGAAGCCAUCAACUUGUUCAAAGCAAUGCUAAAAGAUGAACAGAAACCCAAUUAUAUUACAGUUUUAAGUGUUAUAAGAGCUGCCGAAAAAUGGCAGCCUAUGGUGAGAGGAAUUCAUGGGUUUACUAUCAAAAUGGGAUUUGAAAUUGAACUACCUGUUGUAACGGCUCUUGUUGGUGUUUACGCUAUUUGGGAUAUGGAUACUGCAUGGCAAUUGUUUAAUCACACAAAGUGGAAAGAUGUAAUUUUGUGGAGUGCAAUGGCUUCAGCUUUUGUCAAGAGUGGAGAGUACGUUGAGGCUAUUGAGCUUUUCAGGGAAAUGCAAUUUUGUGGUAUGGAGCCAAAUUAUGUUAGCAUUGUGGGAAUUGUCCCUGCUUGUGCCAAUCUUGGUGCUCUGAGUAUUGGAAAAGAAAUUCACGCGUAUUCAAUAAAAGUUUCGUCUAUAUCACAUGUUAAUAUCCAAAAUUCGCUUGUGGAUAUGUAUGCUAAAUGUGGGAGUUUGAAGGCUUCCAUUACUGUUUUUCGUGGAAUAGAGAAGAAGGAUCCUGUUUCAUGGAGGAGUAUGAUUCAUGGAUGUGUAGAAAAUGGUUGUUUCAAUGAGGCUUUGAGCUUGUUCUAUGAGAUGAGGUAUUGUUGCUUUGAACCGGAUGAGGGUGUUAUUCGUGAAGUGAUUGGAGCAUUGUCACAAUUGGAUGAGAUUAAAAUUGGACAGUGUUUUCACAGCUUCGCGCUCAAGCAGGGAUUUCUGGGAUGUGUUUCAGUAGUGACUGCUCUCCUUCACAUGUAUGGCGGUUUUGCUGAUAUCGAGUCGGCUAGGAGCCUGUUUGAUCCCCUAAAAUCAAAAGAUCUUAUUGCCUGGAGUACCAUGAUUGCAGCAUAUGCCCAAAGUGAGUGUCCUAGUAAUGCACUUGAUAUAUAUCGACAGAUGCAAUCAGCAAAUGAGAAGCCCAAUGAGAUCAUCUAUGUUAGUUUAAUACAGGCUUGUUCUUCGAUCACUGCUGAAGUGAUUGGAGAAGGAAUACACGCACAAGUCAUAAAAUCGGGAAAUACAUCCAAUGCAUUUUUGAUAUCCUCACUUAUUGACAUGUAUUGCAGAUUUGGACGCAUAAGCCAAGGAGAGGCAAUUUUCAGUGAAUGUCCUAACGAAGAUCUUAUCUGUUGGAGCUCAAUGAUAAAUGGUUAUGGAAUAAAUGGGCAUGGAAAUGAAGCUCUUCAGUGUUUCUCAGACAUGUUAAACUCUGGGAUAAUACCAAAUGAUGUUGUUUUCGUUUCUGUUCUAUCUGCAUGCAGUCAUUGUGGUCUUGAAUAUGAGGGGUGGAACUGGUUUCAUGCUAUAGAAGAGCAAUUCGGUAUUACUCCAAAACUUGCACAUUAUGCGUGCAUGGUUGAUAUGAUUAGUCGUCAAGGCAAUAUAGAAGAAGCUUUUGAAUUCGUCAACAACAUGCCUAUUGAGCCUGAUAAGAGGAUAUGGGGAACUCUGCUUGCUGUUUGUAGAAAGACUCGUGUAUCAGUUGAAAUCUCUGAAACUGUUUCUAAACAGCUUAUUGCGUUAGACCCAUAAAAUACGAGCUAGUUUGAGAUUCUGUCAAACCUAUACGCAGAGCAGGGCAGAUGGAAAGAUGUCAAACAGUUGAGGCAACUCAAGGAUGAGAAGAAUUUGAAGAAAGAGAUGAGUUAUAGCUUAAUUGAAACCAGUGUGUAGAAGGGCACAAAAACUAAACGGAUGGUGUUUGAAUACGUUAUCUACUUGGAAACCCAGUCAUAAAUUUGUAUGUCUUCUUCAAACCAUCCUCUUAUUUGCCAAUCUGUUGUCUUGACUUGUUUCAACCAAAAUUUCGAGAAGUUGGACAAUUGACAGUCUCAAUAAUUUCAUCUUUAUGUGCUGAAAGUGAGUUUUCAACCUUUAGAGACACUUGAAAUACCUUGCUCUUCACUGGGUACAUACGUGACAAGACACAAUGUCCAAAACAGAAGUACGACAUGCCAAAUUGAUAAUAGUAUUCUACUUAAGAGUUAGUUAUAUUAUACAGACCAAUUUUGUAAGGGUCUGAAUGCUUCCUUAACUCUGAAUGACAGCUACAGUUUAGGAGGAAUUCAAUUGAUCCAUGGUUUGUCAACUCAUACAAUUGUUGGAACCUAUUGCUCUUGAUAUCAACAAGGCAGAUUACCAGUGGUCGUCAGCAGCAAAACAUGGAUGUUUCCCGUCAAGAACAGUUGAUACUUCAUUGCAAAAGAAAGCAUGUAAUGGAAGACUAAAGCUCCAACAAAGGCGGCUUGCUUUGGCUGAGUUGUGCAUUUAUGGGGUGCAUCUCCUGAGUUACUGUUAAGUUCAACUAAUAGCAGAAACUGCCAUAUCAUUCGUCUACUUGGCUUCAGGUAUGUUUGGGGAACUUGAUAGUUGUGGAGUUUGAGACUUACAGAAGACAUCGUUCCCUCGUUGGAUGACAAAGAAAACUUGUGUGUAAAUCCAUUUCAAUAUUGUUAUAGAAAAAAAACAUUCUGUGUCUCUGUAUACAAUGUUGAGAUUAACAGUUUUGUUAGGUCAAGAGAGCAUAGUAUUCAGCUUAUAGAAUAUAGAGCAGUUUAUGUGAUUUUAACUAGACAUUAGCCAUCAAUAUUUUGUCUUUACAAGAUGAUACACAAUGUACAUUCAGUAGUUUAACCCAUCAAUGUAAAAUAUCAAAUCUUUCAGGUUGAA